UAAAUAUAAAGUGUGCUCAGGGGUCCCGGAGCACACCCACAUUUGCUGCAGUGUGCUCCUGGCCUGCAGAACUCAGUACUUUCUGGAUCACCUCCACUUUUUCAGUGCAUGCUUUCUGAGGAAUACUUAGAACACUUUUAUUUUAAAAGAACAAGUUGGAGAAAACAAAUAGAUUGUUGUUCACAGUCUCUCUGGCGCUUUUGCACAGGGAAAACAAUGGCAUCAGUACCUUCCAUUGGUUGCUUGCUGGCCAAAAAUCAGUAUUAUCGAAAGGCCAGUAUUUCUUCAGUUAGCUCUUUAACUGAUUCUGUUAACAUCAUACUUGAUGACAAAUCCCAACAAGGGUUACUGAAAGUGGAAGAAUCCAGCUGGUGGUUUAAAUCCUUUUUCCAUUGUGACCCUGUCCUUUCAGAUGUAAGAAGAGAAGAUCUGUCUGCUACACUAGUAGUUGAUUCUGACAAUCAACAAGACUCUACCUGUGAAGGUGCUAUAUUUGUGAACCACACCUUUCAGUACUAAGCUAUUCCAGAUGACUUUUCUUCAUUAUAAGAAGACAGAAAUCUGCUUGAGAACACAUUUCUGGGAUAGUAUCUCUACAGCCACCCAUACGGCAAAAGAUUAGGCAUUUUCCUCAUUAUACAGACUUGCUGCAAGUGGCAUCAGCGCAACAUGGAGAACAUUGGAAAAGAAUGCUUUUGAAGGGGUGCCUGGGUGGCUCAGUGGCUUAAGCCUCUGCCUUCAGCUCAGGUCAUGAUCUCAGGGUCCUGGGAUCAAGCCCUGCAUUGGGCUCUCUGCUCAGCAGGGAGCCUGCUUCCCUCUCUCUCUCUGCCUGCCUCUCUGCACACUUGUGAUCUCUCUCUCUCUCUGUCAAAUAAAUAAAUAAAAUCUUUAAAAAAAAAGAAUGCUUUUGAAAACAUGUGACUUUUUGAAGUAAUAAGAGACUUUAAAUGUAGUGAUUUGUAUGAAGUAGACUGUUUUUAUGAGACUGACACGCUGCCUACUGCGCUAAGGAGGCAGGCUGAAGUAGACUGUUUUUAAAAUCCACAUUAUUUUUCAAAAAGUUUUCAAAAGUUUCUAAAAAUUUGUAGGUACUCUAUAUGUCUGAUGAAUGACCUAAUAUACCUUUAAAGGUGAAACUUUUUUUUAAAAAGUGAAACAUUGAUGCUUAAGAAUGAUUUAAAUGUCACUGAAUUAAGAAAUGUAGAGAGCAGUUGCAAAAGUUGUAUUUCUAAUCAUGAACAUUGGAAAUAGAAAACAUCCCCAUAAAUAUAUUACUGUUAAAAUAUACUCCUGUAUACAUAUUUAAUUUGUUAUUGUGUAGACUUUUACAACUCGUGGGUAUUGAGGAGGGCAUGUGCUGUGAUGAGCACUGAGUGUUAUACUUAACUAACGAAUCAUAGAAAACUGCUUCAAGAACUAAUUAUGUACUAUACAGUGGCUAACUGAACAUAAUAAAAAAUAAAAUUAAUGAUUUUAAAUAAUUUUUAACAAUAUAGAAUAAUCUAUAAAUGGUGUGAUUUUAGUUGUGUUAGAUAUGUACAUAUCCGUAAUAAUAGACUGAGAAGAAAUACACCAAAAUGGUAAUAGUGACUAUUUCUGGAAAUAGACUUAUAGGUGAUUUUCGUUUCCUUCUUUAUCUUUUUUCUGUAUCUUCUUAAAUUUCUAAUAUGAUGUUUUUGCAUAUAAUUAGAAAAUAAUGGAUGUUAUUAUAAAAAAAGAAGCACUGGACACAUUUUGUGAACAGAAAUAUCCCCUACUUUGGCUAGAAUAUUCCCUUCUUUCCUCAAUAUGCUCAAUACGGGGUAGACAAUAUUAAAUGAGUUUCAGCUGAAAGGUUUCUGUAUACUGCUUGCAAAUAUUUUUCAAUGAAGAUGUAAGACUUUCAAAAUUAUGGAUGGUGAAUUCACUCAGGUUGAUGUCACUAAUCUUAUGUUGCAUUAAACAUCCAGAAGAGCACACAUGGUUGUUAGUAAGAAUUUCUUCUUAGCCAGCUGUAUAACCGUGAGAAAAUAUCAGGACUGAUCAUUUGCAGUGAUGGACACAACUGACCAAUUACUUACUACUCUUUCCAAAUGCGACAUAUGUUUCUUCAAUUUUGUGUUUUCCUAUCACUUUGCUGUCAAUGAAGAGACUCGUAUACCUUGUUGGCCCAUCAUUAUUUACAUGCUAUUGCUUUUCUGGUGGUUGCUUGCAUUUAUACUUUUUUUUUUUUUUUUUUGGUAGAGGCUGAUUAAAUUUUUGGACUAUAUUUCUCACUUGGUUUUAGUAUAAAAUUAAAUUACAGUUAUGGAAGAUUAAUUUUUUUUCUAAAGUCAGAGAAAAAUAUGAUGAAACAACAUGGUAAAUCGUGGAAGGUUUUGUUUUUUCCUUUAAGAUAAUUCACAAAUUCCAUUUUCUUAGCCACUUAAUGUGUGAACAGACUGUUUAGGUUAUUUGAUGAAUUUCCCCAAAUAAGAUAUCAAGUUGAUAUUUAUUGUGUUCACUCAGAAAGAUAGUAUUUAUUAAAUUAUACCUUUUGCCUAUGUA